AUGAAAGUAGCGGGCGACAACCAGCACGGGCAGCUGGGUCGCCCGGCGCCCUCUCAGGACGGCACCCCUGCGCCAGUGCAGGGGCUGGAGCACCUGGAGGUGCUGCUGGUGGUGGCGGGGUCGCAGCAGGGCCUGGUGCUGUGCCGCGCACUGCAGGGCUCUGAAGCCGCCCUGGAGCCCCAGGAGUUUGACGACACACGCGUGCUCAAUGAGGAGCAUGUGUCGCCUGCAUCGCUGCCUGAUCUCAAUGCUUCUGCUCCUGCUGCUGCUGUGCCUGUGCCUGGUGGUGCUGGUGGCGUGGGAGCAGGGUUUGGUGCAGCAGUGGGUGUAGCAGUGGGUGCAGCAGGGGGAGCAGUACGGGCUAUGGUGGCGGGUGGGGAAGGAACUGCUGUGGCGAGUGCAGCAGAAGGGGGUGACAGUGGUGCGGGGGAGAAUUGGGGGGAGCGAGUUGGGGGAGGGGCGUCAGCAGCGGAACAGGGGGGGACGGGAGGGGGCAGUGGCGCGGGACAUGUGGAUGAAGUUUGGGGAGGAGUUCAAGAUGCUGCCCCGGCAGGGCAUGGACAGCAGCAUGCGGAACCCGUGCUGGCGCGUGCAGGCGGGGGAUGCGGCGGGGAGGCGGGCACACAGGACCUGUACCGCAAGCUCACCUCCUCCAUCAUCACGGGCAUAUUCCCAGCCGCCAUCCCCAACCCCCAGUGCUUGUUCCUGUCUUCGUGCGAAAUGACUCCUUGCAUUUCCUUCUUCUUUGAGUGCUUCCACCAACAGCUCAAUCGCAGUCCUCUAUCUCGUCCUCCCUUCUCUGCUUCCCUGCCUCUCGUCCUCUCCCCUCCUGCCACACAACAACCACCAUCCUCAUCUCCCCACAGCCACUCCCCUCCCUCCCCUCCUCUCGUCCUCCUCAACUUCAACCCUCUCAAGAACCCCUGUUCUUUGUGGGACCGCAACGGCGCGCGGGACUUUGCGUGGUACGUGGCGCUCUUUGACGAGGCAGCGCAGCACAUGGUGAACACGGGGGGCAGCGCGGUGACAGGCGAGGCGUCCAGCACGCUGCUCACAAGCUCAGGCGUGGUGCUGCGAGGCCACGUGGACGACAGGCACACGCUGCCGCAGCUGCUGCACCUGGUGCUGCCGAGGAGCAAGUUCAUUGUGAUUCUCCGGAACCCCGUCGACCGGUUCUUCUCCGAGUUUAACCUCGCUGCCGCUGUCAACCCCUCGCCCUCCGUGCCCAGGGACUUUCAUAAAUACUGCAAUGGAAGCACGUCAAUGGGCUCCACCCGUGCUGACCACCAAGGCAGUGUGAGUGCCGGUCCUCCCUUUGCUGGUCCCGCAGCGGAGCAGAUGGUUUGGAAGACGUGGGUCAUGAAGCUCUGCUCUCCCGCCGGUUCCAGCCCGAGUCACCGUGCCUUUCUCUCGGGCCCCUCUCCUCCCCCGCACGCCCUCGCGUUCGUGCCGGCGAGACUCGUGUCUCUCUCCACCUCGCCGUGCUCGUCUCUCGCUGCCGCUGCCUCUCUGGCGACGGUUCCCAUGCUUCUCCCCUUCCUUGCUGCUGACGAUCUCCGGGCGAGCGCCUGUCUCCGCCGCCUUCUCUUCCCCGCUGCUGCCGGACGAGAGGCGAGCGGAAUCCGCCGCUCACCCUCCUCUCCCAUUGCGCUUGCGGGCCACACGUCCGUGCCUCCCCGCCGCGCCCCUCUUGCCGCUGGCCGCGCCUCUCUGAUGAGCUGGGCCCCUCCUCGCGUCCUUCUUCCCGCCGCCAGUGGUGGCUGGCUGCGCGUGGCUCGCCCUCCCAUCCUCCCUUGUGCAUCAGCUGCCUGUCCGGCGAUCGUGCGCCGUCUUCGCCCCAGCCCCCUUGUGCCUGGCGCCACUCGAGUGCGCGAGGGUUAA